UCGUGAGGACGACACACGUAUUCGUUCAUAACCUCCGCCAUUAUUCAUCGCCCCCCUCCCCCCCUGCAGGGUCUUUCGCUGUCUCCACGCCACCUGCUAAUUGAACUCCUUCUUCCUGCCUCGCGCGAGCUCGCUUGUGCCAAGCCCAGGCAAGUAAACAAAAGGCGUGCGCGGCGGCCAUGUCGGGCAUGACGAGCGGCGUGUGCGUGGAGAGCGACCUGUCGUCCGUGCUGCAGCGAAGCUCGGCCUCCUCGCACCACCACCCCAAUCACCACGGUUACGGCGGGCAGGGCCAGGUGUCCACGCUGGCGCCCAUGCUGGACUACAGCAGCGAGAUGGACCGCUACCGCUCGUCCAUCGCCAGCUUCUACAAGACCAACGUGGACGUGGGCAACUUCCCGCAGUCGGCCAAGCUGGCGGCGCGCUUGGCGGCCGCCGCUCCCAUCUUCCCCCCCGGCGCUACCAGGCUGGGCGCCAUGGCGACGGCGCCCUGGGGAUGCCACGACAACGUCAACCACCCAGCGGCCGUCUUCUGGGGCCGCCCCAAACCCGGCGUCGCGCACCACCGCCACCACCCGGCCACGCCCCCCGGUCACAUGACCCCCUCGCACCCCCACGGGAGCAGCAUGCAUCAGGGCGGCGGGGCCGACGAGGGGGGGCGGACUGAAAAACACACCGCCGCCUCGCUUCCCGUCACCCAAACGGCACACCACCACCCCAUGGCGCCCAGCAACGCCAACUUCCUGCCCGGCUACGGCGGAGGGAGCGACUGCGGCGUCGGGAAGCAAGGACACGCCCACCCGGACGUGAUGGGCCUAUCGGAGGGGGGCAGCUGCAACGGGGGCGGAGUUCUGGGAAGCGGCUUCCUGGGGGGGCUGGGCUUACCCCCGGGUGUCAUCGUCAUGGCGAUGGGUUCGACAGCGGGCGGGAUGUCGGACGCCGGCAGCGCCUUCCAGAUGACGGGUGGCCAGCGGGGGCCCACAGACUGCCAGCAACACGCCGGCUCCUCGCCCUGCCCCUCCUCGUCCUCGCCCUCGUCGUCGGGCGUGGCCGCAGGGGGCGUGGUCCUGUCGUCGCCGUCCUCCUCCUCGUCGUCGUCGUCCAAGAGGAAGCGCAAGCGCUGCGGCGUGUGCGGGCCGUGCCGGCGGCUCAUCAACUGCGGCGUGUGCUCGUCCUGCCGCAACAGGAAGACGGGCCACCAGAUCUGCAAGUUCAGGAAGUGCGAGGAGCUCAAGAAGAAGCCGGGGGGAGGCGGGGGAGGGACGCUCGAGAGGCCGCCAUCCGUCCCGACCGGCGAGGCCUUCCGGUGGUUCUUCUAGUCGGCGCCCGAGGCCCAAACAGGAAAUGGCGCUCGCACGUUGCGACCGGACCGAGGACAGUUGGGCUCCGGCUGCCCCCCCUCCCCAGUUGGUUGCUUGCGGUGGAGAAUCCGUGUGUCACUCCUCCUUUCUCAAAAACCACAAUCAGACAACAUGACUGAUUAUUUUGUUAUUUGUUUUUCAAUCUGACAUCAAUCAGAAUACGGCUGCGGCGUCCGACGCGCUAACGUAGCUUUACUAAUGCUCGUUUUAUCAGGUUGGCAAGAUAAUUUGGGGUGGAAAUUUGGAAGCUUUUCAAGCAAUUCUACUGGGUAUUUUUCACCUUGCAGUUGAGACGGCCAGCUUACUCAUUAAUAUUCGAUAUUUAUAUUCGUGUGCACUGAGUGGAUCGCUGUUCUUAAUUUGGAAUUUGGCGUGCGACCGCAGCAGUCGUGUACACACCGAAGGUGUAUUCGCAACUACCGUCGGUAAACAAGUAGCACUUACCAGACGAAACAAAUCUGGCAUUGGUCUCAUUUUUCGUGUUGCAUUAAAAAAAAGAAAUAACUAAAUAAUCAGUCACGUUUUCAUUCGACUGCCAAUUGGAAACAGAAAGAACGAAUGACACAUGGAUUUUUUUUUUUUUGUUUUUAGCUCAGACGAUGACCUAGUAUCAAAGGGUCAAUGAAUAACAUUUUCCGACCAACCACGACGGACCGCACUUCGGUUUCUUCAACUUGUGUCGAUCGUCCAGCAAGUGUGUGAUGCGCGCAAAAGGACUACAACUUUCCUCAGGAGGACUACAAGGACCACAAACGCUCUCGUGGAUGAGACAAAACUACGAGGAAGUGUCACACACAAUUGAUUGCGUCAGAGUGUGUGCGCUCCUCAUCGCCAUCCUGGCGAGGGAGAACCCUGGUCGUCCUUGACAACAGACCGCCGUGUUGCUAAGCAACUGCUAACAAUGGACCAGCGCUCCUGCGCUCGAAUGUGGCCGUGGCAGGGAAAUGCUUCCACACAAUGACGGACACAUUUCAAAUCCCCUGGA